UCAACUAGAGGCUGAACCAGAGAAUGUUAAACGGGCUCUGGCUGAACUCUGAGGUUUCUUAGUAGGUUUGCUAUGUUAAUUCGAGAAGCAAUUGCAUAGCUUAUUUUUUUUUUUUAUUUCAAGUGACCAUAUAGGUUUUUGUAUUUCCACGUUUAGAGGUGGGAAGUGAUGGCAUCAGGAUACGGGAAAGCGGGGUGUGCGAUGGGCGAUAAUGUCACCUUUCUAGGCAGUGGAGUACUCCCGGAGGUUGAGAUCAUGUCAAAAUAUCUGAAAGAACUGGAUAAGGAACGGUUUCGCUACAUACUUAAAGCUGUGGUUAAUGCAAUCGAAGGAAAGGACUGCUCUGAAGCAUUGAAGGCUACUGUUGAAAGUGGCAUUGUUACAGAAGAGAAAUUAAGUCACAUCAUUGCAGGAAUGUUUGGUCUGCUGAAAGAAGCUUUACGUCUACCUAAGUCAUCGUUAAAGCACGAGGUGUUCCAAGAGGACUUGCGGGCACUUAGGAUAUCAGAGGAGUGUAUAGCAGACUUUUCUAGUGUUGUGUUUGGAAACCGACGAAUGGUUCUGGAAUCUAUAGGCACUCAUCAGGUUACACAGUUACCCAGCAUCAAGGAAUUCACAUGGAGAGUAGAUGUUGCCAUUUCUACAAGCUCUAUUUCCCGGGCUCUUCAACCUUCAAUACUUGGGCAGAUUAAGCUCUCAGAUGAAACAAGACAUUGCUUUGAGAAUAUGAUUUCCCUCUCACUGUGCAGAAGGGACUAAGGACCAAUCCCAUUUCUCAUUCUUACCCCUUCCCCUUCCCCCUUGUCCCUCGAAACAGAGAGACAAUACAUCGGGAUGAGAAUAUUUCCCUUGGUAAUGGUGGAUCGGUUGACAUUAUGAAAGUGUUUGCUAGGGUGUUGCUAGGUUAAUUGAAAUGGUUGCUAGGAUAAGAGAUGAAUGGAUUGAUGUAGAUAGAUGGAGAGAUUGAUCUCAUAUGAAGUUGCCACCCGUGUAAAGAAAAUACGAAUAAAAGUAUGUGGACACAUUGUGUAUCAUUUGUGC